CCGUACUGCCGCGUCUCCAUGGCGACCGCGUGCGCCAGCCGCCUCCAUGUUGCGCUGCGCCCUCCGCGCCCCCGGAGGGCGGGUGACUCCACACCCAGGAUGCGCGGUGGUCCCCAGAGGAGUGCUUCCUCCCGGCCGACUGAUGGAGGGGAGCGGUUCCCUCUCCGUUCCCUGCGGGGCUGGUGACCUGGAGAGCCCCGCUGGCCAGGCUGGGAGCAAGCCUGCUUCCGCCUCCAGAGACGUUCACCAGGGGGUCAUCUUCUCCUCCUCAGCGAUUUUAGACUUGAGUCAAAGUGGCCUUCACCAUUUGGGGGAGAUCUUUACAGUCCCCAACCUGAGACGCUGCCCAGGCCACGUGCUUGACUCCUGCGGGCCCGGUGCCUUCAUGGGAUCUGGCCCUCGCCUACUUGAGAUCCAGCAGGUCUGUCUCCUCCGCUGAGUUCUACAACAAAGUUCCCUCUGCACAGCUUGACCGAGACUGUCCAGGGUCAGCCGUUCUCUCACUGCCCAGCAGUCGGGCAGCUUCCUUGAACCUCACCUUGUCUUCACUGUUUUUCAGGAGGAUUAAUGAUCAGCAUGUAAAGCAGUGUCCACGCAGGACACACACCCACGUGUUGCACUGUUAGCCUGCUGAUUGAGAGUUUUCAGAGCUUUAUUAGGUUGGCCGAAAAGCUUCUUCGAUGUUUAAGUAAAAGCAAAAGACAGUUUCCAUUUUCACCCAGAACUUGAUUGAACUACGUAUUCGUUGCUUUGUUCCAUUACCUUCUGCCAUUUCCCAGGCAACUUCAUCAUUCCAUCUUCCCAAAGCUUGUUGGCUUUUUGAGCAAAGAACUGCUCCAAGUGCCUUUUACAGUCUUCCAGGGAAUUGAAAUUUUUCCAUUAAGAGAAUUUUGUAAAGACUGAAACGCGUGAACAUCCGGAAGUGCAGAGCCUGCUGGAUACAGAAGAUGAGUCAGAACGUCCCUGCCGAGCUGUAGCAGUGUUUGCGUGGUCACCAAAGAGGCACUCAGUCUUGCAUUAUCCUGAUGGGAGGUUUUUUUUAAUCUGUUGAUUAGUUCCGGACAUUUUUUGUGGCCUGCUGCUUUCAGUUGGUCUCACUGGGAGCAGUACUUGUUGGACCUAAUGGUGUGGUUUUCCAGAAGGAGCUCAGAGGACUCCCUUCCAACCCCACCCCAUACAUCACCUCAGCUUUGCAUGAAGACCAGCCUUUGGUGUGGUUGGUGGUGGCUCAUUUCACUUGCCCUGUGAUCUCUUCUGUUCCACACUUUUGUACAGUAUCCAUUUUUCCUUGCCUGGUGUUUUAAAAAUGGAACAUUUUUGUUAUGUUUAAGCAGAGAAUCACAUGCGGAAAUAAGGUACAGAAGGUUUUUUCUGCUAGACUUACGUGGAGCCCAGCUAUCACAGCAAUGAAUGUGAUCAGGCUGGUGCGAACGGUUUUCAGUCCUCGCUCGGAGCAUUUUGAGCAUGGCCACUGUCUCCCGUGUGGCCGUGUGGAGUAAGGUCGAUUGUUCUCAAUGUCUCGGUUUCAUGCCUGUCAACUUCCAGUAGUCUGCUGAGCCGCGGAGCAUCAUCCAGUGAGAAAUCUCCAGCAUGAAACUUCACAAACCACUUUCGACACUUUUGAUCAGUCACAGCACCUUCUCCAUACAUGGCGCAAGGCUUUUUUGUAUUUCGGUCUCAUUCUUACCUUUCUCGAAAUAAUAAAGCUUCUGUGUGUGCAUGCUCAGUCAAUAAGAUGCUGAAAAUGUUGCUUUUUUUUCUUCCAUCUUCAGCGUUUAAAUGGCUGCACAGAAAUUCACCGAGUUUGAUAAGUUUUUUUUAAUGUAUACCGAUAUGACAGCUGUCACAACUUAACGAAAUUGUUUCCAGUGAAGUUAAAGACGAGAGCUACUAGAACCAUCAUAUGCAAAGAGAUGAACGGACUUCUUGGCCACCCCAUACCCGUGGCUGUGUGCUCAGACUGAGCGGCUGCUCGCUUCCCUAACCCUGGUUGUGCUCCGCACCCCGUCUUCGCGGUCAGGCCAGCGCUGGUCUUGCUGUUGCCUUAGCACUGCCCUCCACGAGUGAAGUCCUGCGUCUUCCUAUAAUACACCACUUUUAAUGAAGCAAACGCUCUCAGUUCUGAACGAGGAGCCCAGCGGUGUAGAAACUCAUGGUGCCUUCACUUGUAAAAGAAGGAGGAAGCCUUCUUUAGUCUGAAUGAAGGGACUUUAUUUGUGCCUCUCAGGAUACAGAGGUGUCAACCUUAUCACCGUGGCAGCAAAUCCCCGAGUGAGGUGACCACUCCGCGCUGUGGCCCUUCAGCGGUUACAGUUGAUUUUUGCAGCCAUAGCAACACUCUCCAGAGACUCCAGUCACACCCACAGAGACCCUCACAGUCAGGGGACACGGACCCCCUCCCCAGCCUCCCAGUCCUCACGAGGCCUCAUGGCAGGCAGGGUGGGCUCGUGUGAUGCACUCAGCCCAGCCCUGAGGGGCGAGGCAGGGGCCGGCGUGGCAUGUCUCUGCAGUCUCCUCUUCUGGCGUUGACAAGGACCCGCAGCUUCAGUGCUGAGCCUGGGAGACAGUGCGCCUAAAGCUGCCCAGGGCCUGGGCCGGGAGGGCCUGGAGCGACGGCGGCCACAAGCCGAGUCCAGUCACCACGCGUUCCCCUGGCUGCGGGGAGUGAUGUGGCCGCAUGUGAGCUGACUCGGGAUUGUGUUUUCAGCAUGUCUGUGGUUUCUCGCCGUCGUGUCUCAAGCAUCUGCCAUGCGCUUGACGGGACUUGGAAGGUGGCAUUGACGGACGGCAGAGCUGGGAGCUGAGACCCUGGUGGUGGAGGAGCGCCUGCCGUGUGCCCUGGGCUGUAACGGCGAGGCAGUGCCUCGUUCCCCCCGGGCGUGUGCCCCGUCACAGGCCAGGCCCGGAGCACAGAGGGGCUCAGGAACCUGCUCCAGGGCACACGGCUUACGGGUUUUUCGAAAUCGAGAUUUGAACCCAGGGAGCCUGGUUUUCCGGCCAGUGUCCUUAAGUUCUCCACUCUGCUGCCCUGGUAAAUAGAAAUAUAUAGAUGCAUAUAUGUGUGACUCAGGAAGAUCCCCUGGAGACAGGAGUGACAACCCACUUGAGUAUCCUUGCCUGGAGAAUCCUGUGGAGAGAGGAGCCUGGUGGGCUGCAGUGCAAGGGGACACAGAGAGGCACACCCGAGCGGCUGAGCAACAGGCUUUCACGUGUGUCAGAAGGCAGAUCCGCGCGGCACGCAGCAGCAGCGGGGGAGGGUGUUUCUGUGUCGCCCUCAGCCCGGCGGCUCUGGCGGCAGCGUCGCGCUGGCACACGCCGCUCGGCGCAUGACGGCCAACUGUGCUGCCCCGCCUGGUGUAUGGUGGUGGCUAAGGGUCCACUGGGUGGAGGCCAGACUUCCUGACGUGACUGUUACCGGCUCACUGGGUGUGGCCCUUUUCACCACCAGGGACUGAACCUGAGUGCCCUGCAUUCAGAGCAGAUGCUUAGCCCCUGGACCACCAGGGAAGCCCCCAGGCCUCGACUUUCUGCUGCUGGUGUUUCCCGUUUCAACGAUUUCUGGAGAAACAUUCAGCAAUUGCACCUUCAGCGAAAUGCCCUGAGCACAAUUCCUAAAGACUUCUUCCAGCUGCUGCCCAACCUCUCAUGGCUGGACCUGCGAUUCAACAGGAUCACCGCGCUGCCCUCUGGGAUUGGCUGUCACAAGCAUUUGAAAACUUUGCUUUUAGAAAGAAAUCCCAUCAGAAUGUUACCCGUGGAGCUGGGGAGCGUGACCACCCUGAAGGCCCUUAGUCUGCGGCACUGCCCCCUGGAGUUCCCGCCGCCGCUUGUGGUGCAGAGGGGGCUGGUGGCCAUCCUGACCUUCCUGCAGAUCUGCGUGGCCGAGCACGCGGCCCCCCGUGAUGGCUCCCCUCAAGUUAAAAAGAUGACCGUAAGGGACCUGCCACAGCCCCUGUUGGACUUACCCGAAGAACGCGUGCCUAACCAAGAAACCGUUCGUUCUCAGGCGCCAAAGGGAAGCGCGGUAACAGGAAAGGCAGGCUUUUCCCCACCUGUCGGAACACUAGAGCCGCACGAGCCUGGGAGGCCCCCCGAGCCCCCGGAGGACUGGCCGAGCGAGGACGAGAUCCGGCGGUUCUGGAAGCUGCGGCAGGAGAUCGUGGAGACUGAGCAGGCCGGGGCGCUGGGGAGCCAGCUCCUGCCGGCGGAGCUGCCCCCCAGCCUCAGGGCCGCGCUGAGCUCCGGCAGGAAGCCGCUCCCCCACCCGAGGCCCGUCUGCAGGAUGAAGAUGCCCUCUUUCCAGGGCGUGCUGCCUGAGUUGGACUCCACCCGGCAGGCCCUGGUCCGUGCCAGCCAGCUCGGGGAGAGCAGGGGCCUGGCCCUCCGGGAGCUGCGGGAGAGGCAGGCUCAGGAGCAGAGCAGGAGAGACAAGCGAGCUUUGCAGGAGUGGAGGGAGCACGCCCAGGUGAGGAGGAGGAGGCCAGAGGAGCCCCCGCGGAGGAGCCCGGGGGCGGCAAAGAUAGCCUUUGCCACGGACCCAAGAGGGAACGAGAAAGUACCGAAGAAUCCGCCUGGAAGAGUGAAACAGAGCAAAGAGAAGCCGCUUGGCCUCCAAGGGCAGAUUCUGGAGGAGACGCUGAAGCCCCAGGCCCAGCAGCUGCAGGCGCGGAGGAGCAGGUUCCAGGGGCUGGCCCCCCUCGAGGACGUCGGGAGGGCUGCCCGGGACGUGCAGAUGGCCCGGAGGCUGCACGAUGAAGUUCUGAAGCUGAAACUGAGGUCGGCCUUGAACAGAAACCACCGGUGUGCCGCCCUGCCCGGGAGCCUGUCGCUCAGGCCGGCUGUGUCCCGGCCUCAGAAUAUAUUUUUUAACCCAAAGUACUAAGAAUCUGAACGCGUUUACAGACACUACUGACAGCACCUUCUCACCUGGAAGACGGCCCGUGGCUCGCGCCCUCCCAGGGCGCCUCCUGGCGCAGAGCGUGGGGGUCUAUGCAUCUCCAUCCCUCCAGCCACACGUUCUGAGACCAAGGGGGUCUGAGCUGCAUUAAAGGAGGAGGUGGUGACAGGCACGCGGCUCCGUGUCCAUCGGUCGAUGGCGGGCACCUUCCUCCCCUCGGGGUCCCCCACCCCUGCCCUCGGGAUCCCCCACCCCUCCAGGGCCCCCCACUCCGCGGGCCACCCCCGCUCACAGCAGGGAGAGCCCAUGAGUGACUGACUCCUGUGGGUGCCCUCCUCCUGCCUGGCUGUGUUGCUCCUCUCCCCAGGGCCUGCCCCUGCCCCCCCAGACCCGUCCCAGACCCCCGGGGGGCCAUGUGAUGAUGUGAGGUGAGGGCUUGAUCUGGAAAACGCCUUUGAUUCUAACUGACAGACA